GUUAGAAAUGUUGAGACUGGUAGAUUUAAAAGAAAUAAAAAUAUAUGGUCUGAUCUGGCUUGUGUUCAGGAAAAAAAUAAGAAGAAAAUUGCUACGCUCCCGCAUAUAGAUCGAACUUCCACAAAAAUUCCACAUUUUCCUUAUGAGCCAUUCAAAUUCAAGGAAAAGAAUAAAAGAUAUGAGACAAUCGGGCGGACAUAUAAAUAUGAUAUCUGAGUCGUGUUCCAACGGUGGUCGAUCUGUUUCAGCACAUCUGCUCACGCCCUACGACAAGCCGAGCAUUUGUUGUUUGACACAACCAACACAAAUUCCUAUACCCGAUACUUAACUAAGUUACCCCACACAUCGACGCUACUUGAAAUAGAUACCUGUGUAGGUGGAUAGUUGUCCAUUCCGCAUUACGGCUGCCCGAAACCCCCUCAUUUUCCUUAACCGUCGUUGUGGUUUUCAGCAUUUAUACCAAUAUCAGCAUAGCAUAACUGCUGCAAAAUAUCUGCCUGCCACGCUCGUAUGCUCACAUACCACCGCUAACUAUCGGAAUAUGGCGUCGACAACGAAAGCGAAAAAUGAGUACAUGGUCAUUGUGCCAGAUAAUGAGGGCGCUCUCCAGAAGAGAAUAGAAGUUCGAAGCGCUCAUCUCGCAAACCUCCAACCGAUAUUAGACUCCGGAUUCCUUAAACUUGGAGGAGCUAUGCUUGAAUCGCACCCCGAGGAGGGCCAGACGCCUACAAUGAAGGGCAGUAUGUUAAUUGUGGUUGCUGAGUCUCCCGAAGCCAUACGUGAGCAGUUAUCAAAGGAUAUCUAUGCCACGUCGGGAGUGUGGGAUAUCGACAAUAUGCAAAUAACACCGUUCAAAUCUGCUAUUCGACUUCCGCUGUAAUUUUAGCGGCUUUCAAAGCGGGCUAUCGCAGCUACAAGAAGCUUUUUGGACAAAAUCGAAACAACAGUAGUAAAAUAUGAGGAGUGCCCAAGCAUACUUAGGUUCCGCGUUCCAUGCUAUUUCCGUUCAUGAGGUUUCUGCGUGCAGUACCGCAUUGGCGGCUGUUCUCAUCUGACGACCGUUGAGCCUUCCAAUCCCAUAGGAUUUGAUUUGUCGUAAGCUUGUUUGUUUUAUUUAUUGCUCGAGAACACCCAUUGUGUGCCCAACAGUUCCGUUGCAAUAAGAGAGGGAAAAGAAAGAAAAAAAUGUCAAAAUGUCACUGAAAUUGUUAGAAAUUGUUAGAGAGACUGUAUAUAUCGAAAACGCUGUUUUGGCACUUCAUUUGAAUCAAUACAUUCAGAGAAAAAUCACCCAAUCACAGUUAGUGCAACCAGAAUGGGCAUUUCAUGACUUAAUGAGAUACCAUUGUGUCUCAAACUCUUGUUGGCUUCUGAAUGGCUAUUUAAUCUUUGUCGCCAGCGCCAGCCAGAUAUGUAAGAAGAGACAUGCCAAACCAAGCCAUCACAGUUAAUCAUAGAACAGAGCUCACUAGGGAAGAGAGGAACAGUAAGCAAGAACGUAGAAAGUGUAUUGAGACAGACAUGAAGAUUC